AAAUUUAAAUUUUUCCAUUGAAUGUAUUACAUAAAAUUAAUACACAACCUAGGAAAGGGGUUUAGUUAAGUUUUAUUGGAACUGUGUCCUUUUAUUAUGGCUCAUAGAAAUGACUAUCAAAGGCUGGGAUUGGGACAGCGUAUGUCCGAGGAGUUUCAGCUCUUGGCCGAAGAAAAAUGGAUAGUAGAAACACUUGCUAAGAUAAAAAAUCAACGGAACUGUUUACAGAUAGAAAGACUCCACUUGGAGAAUUUAAAAGCUAAACUCAAACCAGGAUCCAGUAGGAAAAUCCCAGCAACACCUCAAGUCCAAAUCCAAGUGCAACCAGAACCCAUGGCCUCUACAUCUGUGAUCAACUUGAUGCAGAAUGCCUCAGUGAAGAGCAGCAGACCGCAGAAUGAGUUUGUAGAGAAAAAACUUGAUGAUGCUACUUGUUAUGAGGAGGAGUUGGAUUUGGUUGUCACUAAUCCUGGCUUUAAUCGAGAUAUUGACAUGGAUUUCAACAUGGAAGAAGAUGAUGAAGAAAGCGACGAUAAUGACAUGUUCAUUGAUAUGAAUAUGUUGAUGAAUGGAGUAUUUAAGUAGCUUAGUUGGACAAGCAAGUUAGUUGUUUUUAUAUCUGGUUGAUAUCUAUGAAGCAUUUUAGCAUUGGAGUAAGAAAAAUAAGCCUCUGUGAACCUCUGUGAAAGAUGGUUAAUUAGAAGUUGACAUGUGAAAAGGAAGUGGUGAUAGCCUUGUGAAUAGGACUUCAACUUCACUUUCGGGGGAGUUCGAAUCCCUGCACGGACCUCUUACUCUUCUAAGUUAAUUGCGUUUUAAGUUUCGGACCUGAUUUGCGAUGGAUUAGCUUCCACAUAGCCUUCAAUUCUUCAUAAUCUACUUUGGUGUCCGGCCGUCUACGGGGCUUGUUCUGCACUGCGAAGUUACCAGAACGAAAACUUUUGAACAUUCACGGUCAUUAAUCCUUCUAGCCGUUUCUGCAGCACUUCAAGUUUUCCAUUUUGUAAACUGAUUGAUAAAAAGGAAAAAACAAAGUGAAUUAGUUUUCAAAACCACAAAAGCAUGAGUAAUAAGCUGUAUACAUUUGAAAUUGGAAUUCUUAACCAAAGAUGAGAUAUUUGAGAUCAAAGCGGCCAGUACGAUAAAACGCCAAUUUCAUAUGUAAGGACCUAAUAUAAAUUGACAUGGCUUAAAACUGAACAUGAGAACCUGUUUUGAGCUCAAUGUUGGUUAUAAUAGUGUUUAGUUUGCUUUAUAGAUGUCAGCCUAAACUAAGUGUUAUUUCUUUUCUGAUGUUUACCAACAUUAAAAUUGUUAGUCUUCAGGAAUAAUAACAUGUUAUUAAAAAAGGUGCAAGUGUAUCGUUGAGAUGCUUUCUGUGUUAAGGCUCAGAUUCAAUCUAGGGGUCAGGGUUUAGCCAUCUUAGACUGCAUCAUCACUUAACACCAGGUGAGAUAGCAGCCAAGGGCUAAACAUGUAGUGAAAUAAAAAAAAAUACUUCCUUGAAACAAUAGUUUAUAUCUCAAAUGUUGUACGUUUAAUCUAAUAAUACGGUUUACAAGUAUUGUAGCUAGAACUCUUAGUUUCAAUACAACUCGUACUUACUUAACUUUCUCGCAAGGUGAAAAUCUCACAUCUGGCAUUCUUUUUAAACUUUGUAAAAGGUUUUUUUUUGAAAAUUCAGCUAAAGUCAAAAUGGAUGUAACUUUGUCACUUUUAUUAACCUUAAUAUUAGAAAUAAGUUCAGAUGGUCUCAAAUCUUUAAUAACGCAAGAUUUUCUUGUCUACCCUUAUUUGUAAUAUAAAAUGCUAUGGAAAAAAAA